GCUCCGCGUUUGCGCAGACCUCUCCAGGGCGACUCCGCCCAGCUUUUCCGGAGGGGGCGGGCCGGACAGGCUGCGGUCCAGGCGCGCUUGGAUGACGUCACUAGGCGCGGCCCGGGUAGCCCUUGGUAACCCGGAGUCUGCGGAAGUGGAGACCGGUGGGCAGGCGGCUAAGACAGGGGACUGAAAGUUGUGGAACCACAAUUUGUGACAUCAGGUGUUUUUUGGGUAAGCAGCCAUUUAUGAUUCUGGAAGAUUAAGGCAGAUAGGAAGCCCCUUCUGAGACUGUAACAAAGCUCUCGAACAACAGCCGGCACCAUGGACCUAAAGCUGGACCCUUCCCGGGAUGACCUGCCUCUCAUGGCCAACACCAGCCACAUACUGGUGAAGCACUAUGUACUGGAUUUAAAUGUGGAUUUCGAAAGUCAAAUCAUUGAGGGCAACAUAGUGCUUUUCUUUGAGUCUGGGAACAGAUUCGAGAAACAGAGUGGUUCUACCAAGGAAACCUGCCAGUCAGAGUCCAGCGAAGCCUGCAGAUUUAGGAUGCCUGAACCCUGCCAUAGUCCUGGGACAGAUACAAGGACCUUCUCACCUAAAACAGGAUAUAAUGAUUUUGCAAUCUGUGGUAAAGGUGAAAAAGAUACUUCUGGUAAAGAUGGUAACCAUGACAACCCGAAACAGGCUUCUGGGAUUUCUAGCUCAAAGUACUGCUGUGACACAGGGAAUCACAGAAAUGAGGAGUUUUUGCUGGUGUUGGACUGCUGUGAUUUAUCUGUGCUAAAGGUUGAGGAGGUGGAUGUUGCUGCCGUGCCAGGUAUUGAAAAAUUUACAAGGUCUCCCAAGCUCACAGUUGUUUCUGAGGAGCUCAGGAAUCAGAUUGUACAUGAACUUGUGACUCUGCCGGCAGAUCGUUGGAGGGAGCAGUUAGACUAUUAUGCUGGCUGCAGCCAGGCUCCUGGCUGUGGGGAACUCCUGUUUGACACUGACACUUGGAGCUUACAGAUCAGGAAGACAGGGGCUCACACAGCUACUGACUUUCCUCACGCCAUAAGGAUAUGGUACAGCACCAAACCUCAGGGGCGAUCAGUUACAUGGACCUCAGACCAGAACGGCAGGCCAUGUGUUUAUACUAUGGGAUCUCCCAUAAACAACAGGGCCCUUUUUCCAUGCCAGGAGCCACCCGUUGCCAUGUCAACAUGGCAGGCUACGGUUCGAGCAGCUGCAUCUUUUGUUGUUUUAAUGAGUGGGGAAAAUUCUGCCAAGCCAACACAGCUUCAGGAAGGGUGCACAAGCUGGCAUUACUACGUCACCAUGCCAAUGCCAGCCUCCACCUUCACAAUCGCAGUGGGCUCCUGGACAGAAAUGAAGCCAGAGAUCUGCUCGCCCAAGGAUCUGGCAGCAGAGCGAUCCCUCUCACCUUCUGAGACUGACUCCAGGUAUGUUGGCAUUUGUGGUCACGUGGAGUACCCCUGCCGCUUCCAGAAUCCUUCUGCUACCACCCAGGAAAUUAUUCCUCAUCGGGUCUUUGCCCCACUGUGCCUCCAAGGUGCCUGUCGAGAGACCCUCCUGCAUCUGAUCCCUCUUUGCCUCUCGGCAGCAUACUCGGUCCUGGGAACACACCCGUUCUCCCGGCUGGACAUCCUCAUCGUUCCUGCCAACUUCCCGAGUCUGGGGAUGGCCAGCCCACACAUCAUCUUCCUCUCUCAGAGCGUCUUGACAGGAACGAGCCAUCUGUGUGGGACCCGGCUGUGCCAUGAAAUCGCUCACGCCUGGUUCGGCCUAGCCAUCGGGGCCCGGGACUGGACGGAGGAGUGGCUGAGUGAAGGGUUCGCCACUCACUUGGAGGACGUGUUCUGGGCCGCAGCACAGCAGCUGGCCCCCCACGAGGCACAGGAGCAGCAGGAGCUGAAGGCGUGUCUGCGCUGGCUUCGCCUCCAGGACGAAGUGCGGAACUCCCCCCAGGAGAUGCAGGUGCUGAGACCCAAUAAAGAGAAAACUGGCCAUGUGAGUGACUCAGGAUCUUCUGUCAUCAAACACGGGCUCAAUCCCGAGAAGGUCUUCAUGCAGGUUCAUUACCUAAAGGGCUAUUUCCUUCUCCGGUUCCUUGCCCAAAGACUUGGAGAUGAGACCUAUUUUGCAUUUUUAAGAAAAUAUGUGCACACAUUUCAUGGGCAGUUGAUCCUUUCCCAGGAUUUCCUUCAACUGCUGUUGGAGAAUAUCCCAGAAGAAGAAAGGCUUGAGUUGUCUGUGGAAAACAUCUUCCGAGACUGGCUGGAGAGUUCUGGAAUACCACAGCUAUCAAACGGGAAAAUGUCGGCCUCCAGCUGCCAUGAACUCUUUCCUAAAAAGGAUGCAGUGCCUUCUGUCCAGGGAUGUGUGUCACCUGUUACAAGUUAUUUGUUUGGACCAAUCAUUCUGGGAGCAAAAAAGAAUAAAACCCUGAGGUCUUAAAGAAGCAAAACAAAACAGUUUUCAUUCCACAGGUUACAGAGGCUUUUUGUCUCCUCUCAGGAAGGCUUCCCUUGUGGUUGGCCUCGAUUUUCCUUUUUGGCCGCACUGAAUGGAAAUCAUUAAAAAAAUGUGGAAAUCACUUCAGCAGCAAUAAAAGUAAGCAUGAGCCCCAAAGAGGUAAAAGAAAUUGGAUCCAAACCUCUUUAAAGAACACCCAACCCUGUAACCUUUGGCUUUGCAAACAAAUUUAAAAUUGAUUGUACCAUCGGUAUUAUAGAUUAUUUCCUUUUAUGACUCCCCCCCCCCCCCCCCGGUUAUAGAAGUAUUACGUAUUUAUUUUAGAAUAUAAAAAAGUUCAAAAUAAGAAAAUUAAAAUGGUCCAGAGAUAAUUUUUUGAUAUAAAUCCUUUCAGUCAUUUUUCUGGAGGUCUGAAUACAUGGUUUAUCCUUUCCUUUGUCUCCCUUUUUAAAACUCAAAUAAUGUGUUCUCUGUAGCAAGUUCAAGCAAUAGCAAAAUAUAAAAAGGAAAGGCCAUUGUUCCCUUCAGUCUUUCUCUGCAGAAAUAAUCCAUGCCUGCUAACAGCGUGGUGUGGGUCCUUCCACACAUUUUCUGUGCUAUACAGAACAUAGGUGCGUAUCCUUUUUAAACAAAAUUGGAAUCUUAUUAUCCAAGCUGAAAGUUCUCAUUUAAAAGUAUAUCUUAAGCAGCUUUCCAUAUCCCCUUUGAUAUAAUUUAAGAGCGGUAAUUUUCAACAGCUGCCUAGCUUUCUAACGAAUAGUACUGUAAUUUGAUUUACUCAGAUUCCCUCCUUGCCCCCCCAUAGUAUACAUUAUUUCUAAGAAAGUCGCCCAUUCUGCUAAUUUGACCGUUCUAUAAAUAGAUACUGACAUCUUUUCAUGUCUGCCCAAAGGUCUCUUCCAACCCCCCACCAGCUUAUAUGCGCAUGUAUUCCAACUCCUUUUAAAACAUUUAUGUGCAGAUACAUUAGAAAUAACUUUUCCCAUCCAGCCUUUCAUCUGUACUUCCUUAUUUUAGUUGCUACAGAAUUCUCCGUCUCCUCUUCUUCCUUGAGUUCCUGGCCACAUUGCCAAGUCCUGGUAUUCUUUUACCCAUAUUUAUUACAUUUUGAAUUUUCUUUCCUUUCCUACGGCCUCCCCAUUUUUCAUUAUAUUUGGCUUGGACUGGUUCGGUAGCUAAUUGGUUUUUUAGCCGCCAAGCCGCCCGCAUCAAUACUAAGUGGAUCUUUCUAAAAGAUUCCUCCUCACCAGAAACUUACUCCCCAUUAACUGUGGAUUGAGAAUAAACUCUUUGGCUUGCUAUUUGAGGCUCUCAGCAGAACUACCCCAGGCUGUCUUCUUAAACUUUAAUUUCUACCCUCCUAGGCAUAUGCUCAGCCAUAUUUACCAAUCUCUAAAUGUUUCUUUGCCGUGGGCCUUCCUUUGUGCAUUCCCUUUUCUCCUUGGAAUGCUUUCCUUUCCAUGUAUUUAGCAAGUGUCAUGACCCACCUUACAUUGUUGCUAUUUGUAUAUGGGUCUCAUACAUAGGCUUCCCCACCCUGGGGAAACAAGGACUCUGUCUGACUCAUCCUAGUCUUACUGCUGUGAUGCGCACAGUAGGUGCUCCGGGUCUCGAUGUCCAAUAUGGCGGCCACUAGCCACACGUAGUUAUUCAGCGCUUGAAAAAUACCCAGUGGCCCGAAGAGCUGAAUUUUUAAUCUAAUCCAAAUCUAAAUUUAAGAUCUAAUAAUCCAGUUUUUGUUUGGAACAACUUUGGAUAUGUGAAUGCAUCUACUUUUUUUAACCUUCAAUUUUACAAAAUCUAAAUAUAGAUCAAGCAUUUCUGGUUAAAAUUUAGCACUUGAGGUGGACUAUGAAAACACUCAGAUUUAGAAGAUUUAUUACAAAAAAAGGAAGGCAAUAUAUCUCUUUAAUGGUUUAUAAAAUACUGAUUACAGGGCGCCUAUGUGGCUCAGUGGGUUAAAGCCUCUGCCUUCCGCUCAUGUCAUGAUCUCAGGGUCCUGAGAUCAAGCCCCCCCCCCCCCAGCAUUGGGCUCUC